AAGCCAGUUUAUUGUUCAGAUAUAACUCAUCUUGAAAUUUCCUACUACCAUUCACUUCAGGAUGAAAAAAUUAUAGGCAUUGUGCAGUCAUGCCCAAAUAUAAUUCAUUUGGGUUUCAAAAAUAGAUCAUUAGAGGAAGUAGGUGAUGGAGAGAUUCUUGAACUAUCGAUUUGUAAUAUUAUUCGUUCCUGUCCAAAGCCCCAACAUCUUAGCCUUAGAUUUUGUGAAAUUAGUGAUAUGACUAUCAAAGAAAUUGCUUGUUCAUGUCUUAAUUUAAAAUAUCUCGAUCUGAAAGGAUGUGAAAAUAUUAGCAAAGAAGCCAUAGAUCAUCUCGUUUUACUUAAUCCAAAUAUCCAUAUCAAAAAUUACAUAACACUCCCUGAUCUUAUUGGAAUAGUUAUAAAUCAUCUUACAUAG